AUGGAGAGAGAAAGAGGAGGAUUUGGAGCGGAAAGGUGGAUUUCGCGAUUUUUAUAGUUCGCAAUUAUUGUUUUUGCAGAGCGGGAAUCGGAAAAUUCAAGUUUUGUGGUGGUGGUGGACCGCCAGAGCCCCUAUCAACGGACAACAAAGGUGCUCAACUGAUGGUAAAAAUGGGGUGGAGCAGUGGGAAAGGACUCGGAUCCCAGGAAAGUGUGAGUUUUAUUUGUGAAACACGUGGAUAUAUUUGUACAACGAAGCUUUUUACAGGGAAUAAUACAUCCAGUGUCCGGAGGCGAAGUUCGUGAUCGAAACGAUCAAUUCUCAGGCUUAGGACGCACUUUGGAUCCGUACGAACAGUUCCGAAAACAACGAUCCGGCACUUAUCACGAUCGCACCACUUUCGGACGGAAAUAA